AUGUCCACCUUUGCCCAGUUCACCAAAUGGCUGCGCAAGAAGCAGAUCCAGAUUGAAGUCACCUUUGCCGUCUACAUGUUUACGCCCUGGGAGAAGUUUGCCUUUUACUCCAUCGUCUUCCUCCUCUUCAGCCUCACCUUCAUCGCCGCCAUCCUCUACCUCCCCCACCACGUCACCGUCCUCGCCGGCCGCGUCUGGUACUACAUCAACGGCGAGAGCAUCGACGUCGCUGCCUCGGCGCGCGAGGCCGUCCGCGAGGUCCUGACGUCGGGAGUGCUCGACGCCACCAUGCCCAUCAUCCCCGCCGCCACGCCGCUCGUCAAGGCGGAGCUGUGA